CUUCCGGAGGGAGUAGAAAAAAAAAUCAAAGAGUAUUUUUCAUUUUUAUCACGUGUACUUGAUAUAAGAUAGGGGGUCUAAGUCUUAAACAAUGUAUCCACACAUUUGAUAAAAUUAUUCAGUGAAUUUAAUGGUGAUUUGUCAACAAACAAUCUCAUUUUUUUACCUGAAAGUGAUACAGGUGAACAUUAUCCAAAUUUUAGAACCUGUCAAAACGUCAAUAAAGUGAAAGAUGGAAUCUAGCCAGUUUUUAUAGUUUGAAUGACCACAAGUGAUUAAGCUAAGAAAAUGUAAGCUACAGAUAAACAGUACACUGAGUGAGUCCUAACCAAGAGUGACCAGUUGUCAAAGGUCAUGGACAGUGGAGAGAACAGCGAGUGGCUUUAUGAACUGCUGACUGAGGUCCAGCUUGACCAGUUCUUCACAAAAUUGAGAGAUGACCUUCAGGUUACCAGAAUAUCCCACUUUGACUAUGUUAAAGAGGAAGAUCUUCAAAAGAUCGGUAUGGGUAAACCAGCCAUUCGGCGUCUUCUGGAUGCUGUCAAGCGGAAAAAAGCCACUCUUAGAAAAAAGGGUAUCUUGGAUAAGAUACUGCCAAAAGUUCCAGAGAAGUCCAGCAGUAAGAAACCUAGUAGCCAAACCUCGAGCCUUCUUGACCAGACACUCACCUGUCUGAUUCCCGAACCAUCACUUUUCCUCUAUGAUAAGCUGGGAAACGGUAGCUUCGGGGUUGUCCGGAAAGGCGACUGGAAAACGCCUUCUGGGGAAAAGAAGUUUGUCGCGGUCAAGAUUCUGCGUAAGGAUGCCCUUGCAAUGCCUGGAGCUUUUGAAGAUUUUGUGAAGGAGGUGAAUGUGAUGCACAACUUGGACCAUGAGAACAUCAUACGACUGUUUGGGAUUGUUCUGUCUACCCCUCUCAUGAUGGUGACAGAGUUAGCCCCCUUGGGAGCUCUUCUGGAUUAUCUUAGGAAGGAACAAGAGCGAAUCCUUGUGUGUCAACUGUGUGACUACGCGAUACAGGUUGCCAAGGGCAUGUGUUAUCUGGAGUCAAAACGAUUCAUACACCGUGACUUGGCGUCCAGGAAUGUGCUUCUAAUGUCAACAGACAAGGUGAAGAUUGGAGAUUUUGGCCUUAUGCGAGCUCUGCCCAGCCAAGAAGACCACUAUGUAAUGCAAGAACAUAAAAAAGUUCCUUUUGCUUGGUGUGCUCCAGAAAGCCUGAAGACUCGACAGUUUUCCCACGCGAGUGAUGCAUGGAUGUAUGCAGUAACGCUAUGGGAAAUGUUUACGUUUGGACAGGAACCUUGGCUCGGAUAUAACGGCUCACAGAUUUUACACAAAAUAGACGCUGAGGGAGAGAGGUUGUCACUUCCAGACUUGUGCCCAACAGAGAUCUACCAGCUCAUGUUGAAAUGUUGGGCCCUAAAACCAGCUGAAAGGCCUUCGUUUCUGGACAUCAAGGAGUACCUGUGUGAGAGAGAUGGAAAUUUAAAGGUGCGCCCAUUGGAUGUGAAGUCUCUACAGAGCUGUAAUGAGGAGGGAAAACUGUACAUUGAGCAGGGGGACCACAUUACUGUUAUAGAGGGAAGGCCCGACUGUUACUGGUGGAAAGGACAAAACAAGAGAACCCAUAUGGUUGGCCAUUUUCCCCGGCAUGUGGUGACCACCCAGCGUCGUCUAGGAGGCACAGACAUCAGCAAGCCCUUGAAGAACAGCUUCAUACACACAGGACACGGAGAUCCAGGAGGGAAGUCAUGGGGCAACCCCGGGGAAAUUGAUGAGGUGUACCUGCGUAACCCUAUGGAGCCCCCAGAUCUUCAUGGAAAGGCCCCGCCCCCAGGCUCACCUGAAACCAGCUUUGAAAAAAGAAAAUCAGUCAAGUCAACAUCAAGAUCUUUCUCUUGUACAGAACCAUUUGGCUAUGCAACCAGCCGCCAGUUUAACUACCACAAGUUUGAAGAUGAACCAGCCAAUGACGAGCCAACUUUUAGCCGAGCUGCAAAAUCAAGUCAAGCGCUCGAACACCUAGAUCUACAGAGAGCAGAAUUGACAAGGUCUGAUCAACACAGGUCUUGGCCAAUGAAGUCCGGACAUACAAAAGUGUAUCGUAGAGAGAGUAAUGAAAAACCGCUUAUCGAUUUCAAUGACGAUUCCUCAAGUAAUCAAGUGGAAAGAACUUUGGGGAAGCCAAGUUCGUCAAACGAGAUUAGCUCCAUUUUUGACUCUUUGUUAACUGGCAAUAGUUUGCAAUAUGGAAACCUGGAUCUACCACAGCCUCUUAUAAGGGAUUCCAUGGUGCAGCAAGAUCCGUUUGAAAUCAAUCCAUCUUAUUAUGCAAUACAAAAACAGGCUUCUAAACCCACUGAUUUAGAUGUGAGGCGGAAGCAGACACCACCAGCUCGACCUAAACCCAUAGUGUACAGACGCACAACUUCAAUAGAAAGCCAACAUAGUACUGACAGUUGGCAAAGUUUUUCGCCACCAAAGUGCACUGGCAUUAAACUGCCACCUGAAUACAGGAAACGCGAUAACGCCUCCCCAGAUACUACAAGUGUUCAUUCGGCAUAUUCAUUGCCCCCUCAGAAAGUUGACAACAUGGACAAGCCAGAUUCAUUUCAUUCCGCAGGCAAUAGUCCCCAAAAGCAACCAUCAACGCCAACUAAAUCUCAGUCCACAAAAGCUGUUCUUGAAGAAUUAUUCUCAAAAGCCAAACCUAGUGUAGCCAGUAACAAAAAUCUCCUGAAAAACAAUUCUGUUCAGCCCGAGAAAAACAUUCAACAGUCAAAGAAUGUUGAUAAAGCUUUUGAUUGGCUGAAUGAUGCUUUGAAUAAUUUCCAGUUAAAAAAGGCGGGAAAAUCUGAUUCAGACCCUGUAUUAGGAAAACAAGUGCCUUCACCUUUUUAUGAUCAAGUACCCAAUGAAACAAGUUCAAAUAAUGCAAUGUACACACGAUCCCCUCACCAACAAUUUUCACCUGGACAAUACCCUGUACAGUACUGUGAGGUUCCAAAUGAAAGAACAGGGAAUGGAGCUUUAGCAGCAGGUAGUAUUCCAAGGUAUGAUGAUGUACCUCAAUUUGAUGAUCCGAGGGACGUUAAACUUCCGACGGUGCGUAAAGAUUCAAUAUAUUCCCCACAGAGUACGACAUCUACAUAUUCUGACUGGGGUGAUGAUUUUGAUAGUGAUAUAGAGGAGCUAGGACAGACUGUGACUGGAAAGGAGGUCAACACACCGGCCCCUCCCCCUUUACCUAGCCGGGACUAUGGUGCAGUAAGUGACUUUCGCGCGAUUAACGCUUCAAAUAAUGCUGCACAUAAUCAAGUUUCUAUGGUCUCCAAUUUGCACGAAAAAGAGCAUAAAGCUAACAUAUUUCCAAUAGUUCAAGACGGGAAACAGUUAAGUCAUACUCACUAUUUCCUAAUACCAGCAAAAGGUGACGAGCGGGGGGAGAAAGCAACAGCAGCUGUACGGCCGUUCUCCAUAGACGGAAACCAGUUUAUGAAUGCAGAACAAGGUAGACAUGAUUAUCAGAAUGUCGAGGAGCUGAGAGUAUUACCGAGGGAGCUGUGUCAUGAGGCUAGCUCAAGACACAGCAGUUCUGCAGAAGACCUUUAUCACAGACAACAUUCAAAAGAUUCCUCCUCGAGUGCAGGUCACUCGUGGAAUAGCCAACACAGUCAAAAUGUUGAUUUGAAUCACUCGUAUCCACACGAAAACAGAAAACGACACUACAGCCGAACAAACUCGCAUCAGUCCGAGUCGCUUGAGGCUAGCAUAGACUCUCAGAGGGACAAAAUCAAUGCCUUACAACAAUCUGUUAUAGGAAUCACUGACGAAGAAUGCUACGCAGCACUGUGUCACUGUCAGGGCCAUGUUGGUAAAGCAAUCAAGCACUUAAAAACGGAGCAACUGUUUCGGCUCGGUUUAGCUCCCCGUGAUCACUGUUAUAGGUUACUGGAAGCGCUAAAGUGGAAUCUCGAACUUGCCAGCUCUGUUAUGUUGGACGAAUAUAAAUCUACGAAAGCUUCAAGGGAAAGUGCUGUGUAGAUGGAUGUGGGGAGAUAGGAUGAUUAAAGAAUGUGAUAAAUUGCAUGUACGUUUUGUUAGCUGUUAUUAGUCAUGAUUUUUUUUUGUUAUACAAACUGGUGAAAUGCUAGUUUGUAAAAGGCUACGUCAGGCGGCUGUUCCCAGGAAAAAACUGAAUCAUUGGCGCAAUAUUCGUUUAUGAAUUUAUAUGAUUAAUUGUAAAGAAAGUUUAAAAAAAUGUAAAAUUAAAUUUAUAUAGCAGACUUGUUUCUAAGUCUUACUGUUAAUGAAAUACUUGUGCACCAGUCAAUCGAAACCACGUGACCCCCAGGUCCGAGGAAUAGCGGGGACUUUGACUUUCGGUCCAGCCUACCCCGGGUAAAAUCCCCGCCCUGCGGUGAUGAACAGAUGGUAAAAUCCCUGCCAAAUGUAUAUAUUUUUGCGAACACAAAACCACCACAUUCACCCGGUACUGCGGGGCCACCUGGAAGGUAAAAACACUGCUAUCCCCGGUAUAC